AAAUCUAUGGAGAACUCAACCCAAGUCAAGUUAUUUUAUCUCUUUGGCUUACAAGAGACAUUUAACAACAAAUCGGUCUAUUUUACCUUGUCUCUUAUCACAUACCUUCUCAUCAUCACUGUGAAUCUGACUCUGAUCAUAACAAUCAUUCAGCAGAAAGGUCUCCAUGAGCCCAUGUAUAUCUUUCUGUGUAGUCUAUGUGUCAAUGGAUUGUACGGAACUGCUGGUUUCUACCCCAAGUUCUUACUGGACCUUCAGUCAGAUGUUCAGGUGAUAUCUUAUGGUGGAUGUUUGACUCAAACCUUUGUAAUAUACACAUCUGUCAUGUGUGAAAUGUCUACUCUAACAGUGAUGUCAUACGACAGGUAUGUGGCAAUAUGCAGACCACUACUAUAUCAUACCAUUGUGACAUCUUUAACUGUUAGAAAGUUACUCUUAUUUUCUUGGUGUUAUCCUUUAAUUAUAGGACUCAUAGUAGUUAGUUUAACCGUCAGAGUUCCUUUGUGUGGAUCUCGCAUUGACAAGAUCUUCUGUGACAUUCCGUCUAUACUGAAACAUGCAUGUUUACCCAUUCCCAUCAAUCAAAUUUUGAACAAAUUUCUAUAG